GAAUCCAAGAGUCACAGUACAACUGAUCAAAUCAUUACGUUUGGCAAUACUAUAUACAAAGAGAAACAAAAUGAAAACUCUUGUCGUUGCUUGUGUAUUGAUGUUAGUUUAUGCCGAAAGCACAAGCGUAACCGACAAAACCGGUAGCGGCAAAAUCGAAUGCAAUCAAUCCAUAAGCGGCGUAACCGGACCGGAGCUCCGAGAUUGUGUACAAAAAUGUGGACACAAACCGUAUGAUCAGAUGAAUGAUAAUGAAGCGUGCGAUUCGCUCACAUGUGCGGGCUAUGCAUUCGAUGCAAUCAAUAACGAAAAUGAGAUCGAUAUAGUAAAGAUUAUACAAAUGUGUAACACUAGUGUCACCCCUCCGACCAAUCAAACGAAGUGCCUAAUCAAUACUAUUUACUGCUAUAAAGAGAUUGUAUGUCUUCAAGAAGACACGCAGAGCAAGAUCCAAAAAUUCUUUCAGUGCGUAGUCGAACUUAAGACGAUGGACUAUGUCGAUAAAGAGUAAUAAGAACAAAAAUUGCGAUACAUAAAUACGAAUUCUCUGGUAAACGGAAUGGCAAAUACUGUAGUAAACUUUAGAAAGUUAAUGUUUCAAUUUUCAAAUUUUGUUGUAUUAUUAUAACUGAAAUGUAGAUUACAAUUGUACAAGUUGUACAAUUGUAAAGUAUAUCAAAUAAAGAAUAUUCCUGCAACUUA